AUGGAAAGCCAAGACGGUAACAACAUCAGUUUUGCGACUCUGCGCAGAAGCCUGCGUGAGUUUGGUCUGCAUGAAAAGGUUGCGAGGAAGAAACCAUUUGCCUCGACCAAGAACAGAAAACUUUGGUUGCAGUUUGCCGGCACUGUUUUGAUCAAACAGAUACAAACUGAUAGCGAGUGGUCUUCGCUGAUGAUAAGGACUCCGAAAUUUGAAGGUGAAUUAAGUAUGCACGAGAGGCGAGACAGCCUUGAGUUUCCACGCACCAAGAGCAGUUUUCCGGACCAAAAAGGCCCUUGGUUCGCGCAUCUUUGUCAGCUUUUUAAGUGUCCCGCCACGUUCAGCGAAGAAAUAUCCCGAGAAUUAGACCCUGUAGGGAGAUAA